AUGUCGGAAGCCUACGAGCGCGAGCGCCAGAACAACGCGCGGCUGGAGGAGCUGUCGGCCAAGGUGUCGUCGCUGCGCGGCGUGACGGUGGACAUAUACGACAACGCGCGGGAGCAGGGGGUCCUCGACAACACGACCGAGACCUUCUCCACCAUGUCCUCACAACUCAAAGGCUCCGCCGGCCGCCUGGGCCGCAUGGCCGCCUCGGGUAACAAGGUCGCCAUCUUCAAGCUGUCGGGCAUCGCCAUCGGCACCUUCCUCGUGCUGUACUACCUCGCGAAGUGGUUCCUGUAG